AUGUCAUACAACAACUACAACAACAACUACGGCGGUGAAGCUCAAGGCUACUAUGGUGGUGGCCAGCAGCAGGGCUAUGGUGGAGCCCCACCAAACCAGUAUGGCGAUGACCAGCGCUAUGGUGGUCACCAGCAACACAACAACCAAUACGGUGGUCCUCAGCAAGACCAGUACGGCAAUGAGCAACGCUAUGGCGGCUCUCAGUACGAUCAAGGCGGUUACCAAUCACACCAACAAGGCUAUGGUCAGCCCCAGCAGCCCUUGACUGCUCGUGACGAAUACCCCUCUCAGACACACGGUGGCUACGGCGGCAACACUACCUACCAAGGUUCCGAAUCUGCUCCUUAUGCACCAAACCAACCUUCAUACGGUGGCCAACCUGGAGUUGAAGGUGACCGUGGCUUGAUGGGCGCUCUUGCAGGCGGUGCCGCUGGUGCAUAUGGAGGCCACAAGAUGAACCACGGUUUCCUUGGUGCCAUUGGUGGUGCCUUUGCUGGCUCCAAGCUCGAAGACUUUGGCAAGGAACACCAUCAGAAGAAGGAAGAUGAGAAAUACGCACAACAGCAUCAAGGAUACGGAGCUCCUGGUAACUACGGUAGACCCGGCAGAAGAGAUAGCAGUUCCAGCUCUAGCAGCGACGAUAGCAAGAAGCGUCACAAGAGACGCUCUCGCUCCAACUCGCGUAACCGUGGAUUCAACAACCAGCCCUCUAGACGAGGCAACUUCAGCGAAACCGCACGCGACAUCUCACUCGACUACAACACCAUGGCACUCAAGGCCUUCUGCAGACGUCCCGAUGGCUCUGAGCAUGAGACCUAUCUGCACCUCAACGACAUUCUCGGCAACCGCGACGGUAGAUUCGUGUGGGAGAGAAAUGGAAACUUCACAGGCAGCGUCAAGGAGGGCAAGAUUUGGCUGGCAGAGGGUGGAAGAGCUCUGUGUGCUGUGCUCGGUGAUGGACGUGGUGGUUGGAAUGAGCAUGCCUCGAUUGAGUUGGACGAGAGAAUUUCCAACGAGAACGGUCAGUUGGUGUACUUGGGUUAG